AUGGCGCUGCGGGACGAGCACGACUUCCUGAGCGAGAACGAGCGCCAGUUCCUGGCCAACUGCCUGCGCCAGCCGCCGCACGUGCGCGCCGACGGCCGCGAGCUGCUGCAGCAGCGCAAGAUCCGCGUGCAGUUCCGGCGCAGCGAGACCGAGAGCCAAGCGGAGGUGCAGCUGGGCCGCACUCGGGUGAUCGGCAACGUGCAUGGCGAGAUCGUGCCGCCCUUCCCGGACCGGCCGACUGAGGGCUUCCUGCACUUCGCCGUGGAGCUGUCGCCCAUGGCGUCGCCCAGCUUCGAGGCCGCCGCUUCUGCAGGUCGCGGCGCCGCCUCGUCCGUUGCCGCCGCGGAGCUGGCGCGCCUGGUGGAGCGCGGCGUGCGCGAGAGUCGCGCGCUGGACACGGAGGCGCUGGCUGUGGUGGCUGGAGAGAAGGUCUGGGCCAUCACGUGCCACGUGCACGUCGUGGACCACGGCGGCAACCUCGUGGACGCGGCCUCGCUGGCUGCCAUCGCAGCGCUCAUGCACUACCGCCGCCCGGAGGUUGCAGUGAAGGAGGGCACGGCAGGCAACGGAGGAGUCACCGUGUACAGCGUGGACGAGCACGCGGCUGUCCCGCUCAGUCUCCACCACAUCCCGAUCUCCAUCUCGUUCUGCUUCCUGCAGCCAGCUGCGAAAAUACAGAACAAUGCCGGCAACGACGACGACAUUGACGCUGACGAGGAUGGCGAGCCCAUUAUCUUCAUGGACCCUACGGACCGCGAGGAGCGGAUCACGGACGCGCGCAUGAGCUUCACGUUCAACUCGUUCCGCGAGCUGUGCGCAGUGCACAAGAUUGGCGGUGCCGCGAUUUCCCAGUCGACUGUACUGAGGUGCGCGAAUGUGGCAGCAGCGCGUGUUGUUGAACUGACGACUUUUCUCAAGGAGGAGGAAGAGAAGGCUGACAAGGAAGCCGUGCAGCGCCGUCGCGCAUUGCUACGUGGCCGCGCAUUCGCGGAUGUAUCGUCGACGCUGGAUGAAGCGACCGCUAAAAGCACGGUGGAGAAGGUCGAUUUGGGUGCAAUGACGGAUUUCUCGACUCUGCAUGCUCCCAUUGCGCUGCGCGACGAACCGACGAAGGAGGAGACUGCCCAGCAGGUGACGUCGAUGGCCGAGCUUCUGGAGUCCCUCGAGACUGCUGCUGAUCAGGCCGAGGAGGAGCCAAAGCCAGCUGCAGAGGGUCUUGCGAUGACUGAUGCGGCUCGGGACGAAUUCCGUCAAUUGGCCAACAGCGAGACUGUGCGUGACUUGAUCCACGGCAGCAAGAAGGAGCAGCCGAAGCCUGCCCAACCCGCCAAGAAGAAACCCGUGGUGGACAGCGAUAGCGACAGCGAGGAGGAGGGAGGAGUACUUCAGAGCGAGUUUGGCACGGCAGCAAAACCGGAGGAACCCGUCCAGGCAAAGAAGAACGCAAAGCCAGUGAAGAAGACCCCACUCAAGAAGGGCAGGAAAAAGAAGGUGGAGUCUAGCUCAGAUGAAGACGAGGACAUGGAUCUCAGCGCCGCCAUCAAGCGCAAGUAA